AGAACGUGGGAACGUGGCAGUCCAUGGCACGGCCACCGAUGAGCAGCCGUCACAUCACCCUCCAACAAAGUCAUCGAAACUCGUUCCCGUUCCAGCGCCUGCUCUCUGCGCAAUAUAUGUUGAUUGAUCUCGAGCCGAAACUAGGCUCAAAACACCCGAAUGCCCCCCUCCCAAGCUCCCAUGGAUGUCGAAAGCUGAUUCCCCUGGACAUGGGCCAGCAUGCGACUACUGGCCACCCUGCCAACUCCGUGGAUGGACACGGCGCCAGGCGAUCUAUAAUCUAUGGACUGCAACACGGAGGGCAGGAUCUGUUCGACCUCGCUGCUAUCUUAUGAAACAAGAUUGCGGGAUCUUCCUGAUUGAAAAUGACCGCCUCUUCGCAUCAAGUCUACCGCGAAUCAGCGCGCUAUUCCCCCCCUUGCUCUCUCUGUCUCCAGUUCUGCUCGCCCAGGCGUCAGCGGGACACACCCAUGUCCAACUUCACCAUCGACAACAUCAAUCCGCGCAUCCAGUACACCCCGCCUGGCGUGUGGACCGAAGGAACGAGUGCCAACGAUCCUUUGGCCGGGAAUUAUUCCAAUGGCACUUUUACCUUGUGCACAACGAGGGGGGGCACCGCGACGUUUUCGUUCAACGGAACCCAGGUGUUCGUCGGUGGAGCGAAGCGACCGAAUCACGGCCCGUACUCGGUGAAUCUGGACGGUGUCACGCAGACGAUCGACGGUUUCUCGCCAAACGACAUCUUCUCCGGCCUCUUCGUGUCGAAUGUGCUGCCUGAAGGCCUUCACACGGUCUCCAUUACUAACGAGCUGACGAACUCCACGAGGCCGUACCUUGACAUCGACUACGUGUGUGAUCAGCGCGGGCUUUUUCACCUGCGUGCACAACGAUUGACGCGCUGCAGAUCACUUGGACCUCGUCCUUGACGCCGUCGGCGUACGACAGCGCUCCCACAGUCGAGGACACGAACAAUCUGUUUUCCUUCACCCCGGCUGCGGCAUGGACGAGCCAGCUGGCG